UUCUGAAAACAAAUUCACCGUGGAAGUGAACUUGUACGCCGCGUGCAUUCAAUCGGGAAUUCAUAAUACGAUUUUCACCGGAUCGCGACGCCAGGGAUCGUCCGAAGUACGCGUAGCGGAUGCCGCUUGAGACCGUCGAUUGAUCAGCAGUCAAAUUCCAGGUUGUCAGUUUCUGUUCUGUGAAUUUAUCUCGGACUUGAACUUGGCCGUUCGUACCUACGUAGUUGCAGAGUGCAUAAUGACGGUGAUAUGGACAUAACUGCAUCCAGCCGCCUGGCUUGGUGAGGAUGUAGCGCGAUGCGAAAAAACGGCAAAUCAAGCCAUGCUCUCCUACAUGUUACCGGCGGUAGAAGAGAAACCAUUGGCUGAAUUAGACGGCAUCGAUGAAGAAGAGGGUGCGGGCAAGUUCGAACGGGCCCUCAUCAAUGAAGGAACGGACGCUAGAAAGGGAGACGCUUCGGGCUUGGGUUCUAUCGGCAAAGACACGAGCAUCAACAGUUUCCUGAGCGACGCCACAACAGCCACCGUCAGUCAUAGUUCUAUGACUAAUACAAGUCUGAGCGAUAAGGGGAAGCCAAAAUUCAUUAAUGGGGGAAGACCGCAACCCUUGAAGAGGGUUUCUUUCGGUAGUUCCCAUGGAUCCAUGGUUGAGACAUUGAUAUUUGAAAGUCCCGUCCAAGAAGAAACAGAACCGAUAAACAAUAAGCCUAACGGAGACUGCACGUUGCCUUUUCAAGAAGAUCAGGACCAAACAGAGACUGAAAGGGAGAAAGUACGAGUGAAGUUCUUCCAGCAGCUAAAACCCCAAGAGGUUGACUUACCUCCGAAUGAAUCUGACAGUUUCGAGGAAGAGUAUAAUCAUCUCGUAAUGGCAGCUACUGUGGCAAUUAGCGACUCCAACCACCACUUUCAAAGAAUGGAAAGUGUUGAGAGUGGUUGGGAAAACCCAUUCCGGCCUGGUGGAGACCUGAGCAGAGAAGCAGACGAAAUAGUGGAGCUGAUAAAGGGAGGCAAACCUAUAACCCCAACUUCUGGCGAACCGCAUCAUGACGAGCACGAUUCUUCGCUGCCCGAAUCCGAGCAGAACCUGGAUCAGAACCACCUGAUCGCCAACAAUGUCACGGAGACGCCGGAGAAAAAGGAGAAGAUGUCGCCUGUGGAGGCGACGCCCAAAAGUGCCAACGGUAACGUGAACAAAACUGACAGUUCUCCUGGUGCUGUCGAUGUAAAAAGGGGAACCGUGAAACCGGAUGGUGACGCCUCUCAGGUCGAACACAUAACAAUCAAGAAGAAACCGAAGUGCAAGUGCUGUGUAAUACAAUAAGUUAUUUUUGUAGGCAAUUCUCAGAUUUUUCUCCGCGGUUUUGUAACGGUUCCAUUGGCAGAAGAAGGGGUGACGUAUGAGAAGAAAUCGAGUAUAGACUGUUUAGUUUAUGGAUCCUUUGUCCUUUCAGAAUGCGAACAUGGUGGUACAUUCUGUACUGACUAUGAAUAAUGGAUUUUCAUCCUAACAAAUUUCAAAACUUCGCCUAUUUUACCUUUUCAUUUUUUAUUGAAAACAUCACCUCAAUUUCCUGCAAGAAUUCACAGAAAAUGGGGAAUUGAUGACUGAAAUCAUGUUCGUUUUUCAUUAAAAGUAUUAAAAUAUCGAGUAAAGGUAAAGGGAUCCAUAAGGCUAAGUGAGUAUAAAUUUUACCUGAUUUAUCUGGAGCCUUCACAUGCUCUGUUAUCUGUGAUCCAAGAUUGAGUUAUUUUUGGAGUAGUGUUUCCAUAUGUCAAACCUUUCACCUUAUACCUUGAUUAGAGCGGUUUUUACAACCCAUCCAAAGGUAACAUACACCCGUUCGGAAAUUCCAAGCCAAAAGUUACAUUCGAAAUUCUCCUUCAAUUUCAAUUAUAAUCUGACCAAAUCACUGCACUAAAUGAGUAUGAAUAAAUAGGUGAUGAGUUUACAUACUUUAAUACAUAUUUACCAUUUCACUCCACCGUGUAUGCAAAAGAAUCCAAAUAUUUUCUUGUCAAAGCGGAACAGAAUCUUCUAACAAAUCUUUUGUGCAUUCUGCCUGGGUGUAAAAAGGUCAUGGUACAAAUCGAAUAAAAGAUUUUCUGGAAAGGCCAGGAACAUUGUUGCUUGAAUUUCCAGCCACACAAAUAAAUUUGAAGAUGCAAAUUUUUCAAGGAAAUAGUACAUACAUAUACCAAGAAAAGUAAAAUAUAAAUCAAACCCGUAAACCAUAUCAUCAGCAUAAAAACUUGAAAAUCAAAUAGUGAAUUAUAUGAAAUAUAUUAGUUGUUUUUAUACUGAAUAUUUGUGUGUCUGGUACAUUUAUAUGAAUAAAAUGAAUAUUUUAAAAUGCCUGAUUAAAAUAUUAAAAAGCAGCUCCUAAAACUGGAAAAUAUAUUAAAAUAUAUAUAGACUAUAAUGAUUAAAUAAAGCUUUACCUAGGGAGAUUAUAAUGGUAAGGAGAGAAUUACCUAAAAAUAUUUUUAAUUACAGCUAUUUUAUUUUUUUUAAUAUUUGAUUUUGAAUAAAUAUCUUUGUUUUAUUUAUGUGUUGUCUUGAUAUGCAAGGUGUCCCAAGUUUUUCAAGGAGUAAAUAAUAAUGGAUGAUGUUUUUUGUAUGUUAUAUAAUUGCUAUAGGGUGAAUUUGGUGUAAACUUGGGGCUCUGUGUAAAUUUGGAAAUGAUUACUUUGAUAUUGUUAUGUGUAUGUAUAAAGCAGCUUGACAUUAGGAUUAGUAUGUAGAUUGUAAUAUAAUGAUACUAUUUUUUUCUGGUACUUUUAUAGUGAUAUUCAUCUGUUGUUUUACCUUUAUUUAACAGUUUUCGCUUUUAUUUUAAGAAAUGAAAAGUCUUUGAUUAUUUAUAUACCAAAUAAUGACUCAUUAAAUGUUUUAUGAAAUA